AUGUACACACAAUAUCCUCCAGUCUCAACAGAUUCAGCGGCCCAAACCCAAAGAACCCCAACUAUCGUCCGGCCAUGUAUCGCCAGCACGCAUCUUCCAACCUACAAUAUCAUCAUCGCUAGCCCUCGCCCAAGAUUGCCAGAAAAUGAAGAAACACCCAAGACAAUUCGCCGCUCAUUAUCAAUCUCCUCCAAAUCCUCCGCAUCAUCUUCCUCGUCCUUCCGCUCCUUGUCCUCAUCAUCUCCUCCUCCACCAUCAUCACUAGCAGGAAUAUCCAAGCAUGCUCAGAUAACGCAGGAGAACUUGCUAAAGGUUGCUAUGACUGCAGCUCGUGACGAUCAUCUUGACAUACCACCUUCAUAUUCGAGGACAGUCAGCUCGGCAUCGACCAAUAGUGUCAAUAGUUCAUGUCUCCCCAGCAUCCAUGAGGAGGAAGAGGAGGAGAACGUAUGA